UGAUGUUCAGCGGUAACCCACUGCAACACCUCGCGGGGCGUAUGCUUUGGAAUGAGAAACAUUCCGCGCCAGAACAGCCGGGCGACUCAAGGGGAGGGGCCGGGUCGGGAGGACCAACAGUCGGAAAGUAGCAAACUCGACUUCCUUUCCUGAGAGGUGUCGGCCGGCCGAAUCCGCGAAGAAGCGUCUGGCUCUGUGGUUCAAUCCUCCACGCCAUCAUUUAAAUGUGUAAUUAAGUGCGCCAUCGCAGAGAGGCCGUCAAAGCCAGAGUGGGCUUAGUGACGAGAAAGGAGGAGGGAGAGGGAGAAGCUCAGACCAGCUGAAGUGCGCGUUUCUCAUGAAAAAGAGCUAAUGAUUCCUGCAAGAAAGUGAACAAGGACGUUUCUUCCUGUAGGGAUUUCAUGGUGUAACGGUCCAUCACGACCCAAGGAAAGAAGAGAAAUCAUAGUUUCUGUGUGAUGACUGAAAAAGAAUCGGCGAAAGACAAACUAAUAUCAGAUGCAAUGGCGGCUCCAUCUCCAGCCAAGAGCAUGGGUGACCCUGGGAUCACGCCCCUCUCCCCGACUCACAUUCAGCAGGACACAGACGAGACCCCUUCAGGACCCUCCUUCACAGUGGUGGUAGCCAUUGACUUCGGCACCACAUCCAGCGGCUACGCCUACGCCUUCGCCAAAGAACCCGAGUGCAUCCACACCAUGAGGCGUUGGGAGGGCGGAGAUCCAGGAGUGUCCAAUCAAAAGACUCCAACUACCAUAUUGUUGACGCCAGAUAGGAAGUUCCACAGCUUUGGCUAUGCGGCUCGUGACUUCUACCAUGACUUGGACCCCACUGAGUCCAAACAGUGGCUGUACUACGAGAAGUUCAAGAUGAAGCUGCACACCACUGCUAAUCUGUCCAUUGACACGGAUCUCCAUGCAGCGAAUGGGAAGAGGACGAAGGCUCUGGACAUAUUUGCCUACGCUCUGGCCUUCUUUAAGGAGCAGGCCCUGAAGGAGUUGAGCGACCAGGCUGGCAGUGAAUUUGACAACACUGAUGUGAGAUGGGUCAUCACUGUGCCUGCCAUCUGGAAGAUGCCUGCCAAACAGUUCAUGAGGGAGGCUGCCUACAAGGCUAACCUGGUCUCCCGUGACAACCCCGAGCAGCUGAUCAUCGCUCUGGAACCGGAGGCUGCCUCCAUCUACUGUCGCAAGCUCCGCCUCCACCAGAUGGUUGACUUGAACACCAAGACUACCGUGAACGGCUACAACCCCACUGAGAACGUGGGGGCCGGCAUGGCGCAGGCCAAGGAUCUCACGCGUCGCAACCGGCAGAGCAGAACCUUUUUGGUGGAAAAUGUCAUAGGGGAGCUUUGGUCGGAGCUGCUGGAAGGUGACCGCUACGUGGUGGUGGACUGCGGCGGAGGCACGGUGGACCUCACAGUUCACCAGAUCCGGAUGCCAGAGGGACACCUGAAGGAGCUGUACAAAGCCUCAGGAGGCCCUUAUGGCUCCAUUGGUAUUGACUACGGGUUUGAGAAGCUCCUGUGUAAGAUCUUCGGCCAGCACUUCAUCGACCAGUUCAAGAUCAAGCGCCCGGCCGCCUGGGUGGACCUGAUGAUUGCCUUCGAGUCCGCAAGCGUGCUGCGGCUCCAGAACGGACCCAACCCGCUUAACAUCAACCUGCCCUUCUCCUUCAUCGACUACUACAAGAAGUUCCGUGGCACAGCCGUGGAGCACGCACUACGCAAGAGCAAUGUGGACUUUGUGAAGUGGUCCUCCCAGGGGAUGUUGAGGAUGAACCCCGAUGCCAUGAAUGCCCUGUUCAAGUCCACCAUCGACCACAUCAUCCAGCACCUCACUGAGUUGUUUGACCGUCCUGAGGUGACGGACAUUAAGUUCCUGUUCCUUGUGGGCGGUUUUGCCGAGUCGCCCUUGCUGCAGCGCGCGGUGCAGGACAUGCUCCAGGGACGCAGCCGCAUCAUCAUCCCGCACGAUGUGGGCCUGACCAUCCUGAAGGGCGCCGUGCUCUUCGGCCUGGACCCUGGCGUCAUCAAGGUGCGCCGCUCGCCCCUCACCUACGGCGUGGGCGUGCUCAACCGCUGGGUGGACGGCAAGCACCCAGCCGACAAGCUGCUGGUGAAGGAGGGCACGCGCUGGUGCACCGACGUCUUCGACACGUUCAUCGCGGCGGAACAGUCGGUGGCGCUGGGCGAGACGGUCAAGCGCAGCUACACGCCGGCCAGGCCCACGCAGCAGAUCAUCGUCAUCCACGUGUACUGUGCCGAGAAGGAGGGCGUGGGCUUCAUCACCGACCCCGGGGUCAGGAAGUGCGGCACACUGCGGCUGGACCUGAGCGGAACCGAUCCCCCACCGCCGGCGCCGGGUGGCGGACCCACCCGCCGUGAGAUCCAGACGCACAUGCAGUUCGGCGACACAGAAAUUCGUGCCAUGGCGGUCGAUGUGGCAACCUCGCGCAGCGUGAAGGCCAGCAUUGAUUUCCUCAGCCAGUAGAGCAGACUACAGCAACAUCCAGGGGUUAUCUGUGAGGGGGGGUGGGGGUGUCAGGGGAGGGCAUGAGGAAGAGAAAUGAUGGUGGGGUGAGGGAGAGAGGGAUUAUGGGUAGUGGAGUUAUAAUACACAAUACCAUCACAGGCACCCGCCUUCACCUCCUCUCCGUCUAACACUCACCUGCCCAACCACACAUACACACACACACACACACUCUCCCUCAGAGGGACAGUCGCCUGAAUGUCAAACCCAUCGUUAUCACUCGUUUUUUUUUUUUCAUUUCAUUGGGAAAGUCAUCUUUCCUGGACUGGAUCUGAGAAGCCUCAUACAAUCCAGAUGUCCCACUGAGGACACACUAAGACUAGAAGCUCUAUCUGUCUUUGUGUCUCCCUAACGCCAUCUUUCCUUGUCUCUCUUCUUCUCUCUCUACCUCUGUCUGUUAUUUUGUAUUUUCUGUUCCUCUGUUCAUUUCCACACAGAAGCCUCUCAGUUUAGAUUCCUCUCACAUCCAGCUGCUGCGAAGCGUUUUAGGUCAGUGGAUGUGCUUUAGUGUUGUCACUCCACCGGUGUCUCUCUAUCUCGCUCUAUCUAUCUAUCUAUCAUUCUCUCUUUCUCUCUCUCUAUUUAUCUAUCUUUCUCUCUUUCUAUCUCUCUAUCUUUCUAUCUCCCUACGGCUCUCCCUCACCCACUCAGAACAGCCAUGCUGUGAGGUCAGCCUCAAGCUGAGGCCCUUACUGGUAUCACCAUGGUAACCCAAUCCCAGUUGCACCAGGAGAUGGACCAAUGAAAUCAGAGUGCAGUCAGCAAGUGCAACAUCAGCGACUGUCAGCAUUGGGUGAGGGGAACGUCAGACAGAUAUCAUAAGAUGUCCAAAGCCACAUACUCUCCAUUUUCCAUGUGGAGGUCUUUUAAUCAUUAGCAGGCCGUGCCGAAGCUCCGGAUCAGUGAUACCUAGUGGAGUUUGGCAUAGUCAGUCUCUCUCUCUCUCUCACUCUCACUCUCCAGGUUUAUGCGAGGUUCUCUCAUGGGCCUCAUCUGGACGAGUCACACACUCACCAGUGCAGCUGAAGCCAGUGACACCCGCUGGCACUGUUCUAGUCGGGAGGAGUUGACCUGCACUGUGCUGGCUCACACACACACACACACACACACACACACACACACACGCAGCUAUAACACGUGUUUAAUGACACAGGUGCAGCUUCAUCAGUGUUGGUCCGUUCUGUCUCACCUGUGCAGCUGCAGUCUGCGUCCCGUCCGCUCACACACUCUUGUACAGCAUUCAUAUGUUAUUUUUUGUUUCUGUAGAUUACAAAGCCAAUGUUAGAUUGUAUUUAUGCCAUUAAGUAUUAUACCUUAAUUAUAUCUUAAUUAAGCAUUAUACCUUAAUUAUAUCUUAAUUAAGCAUUAUACCUUAGUGGUCAGUGUGCUGCAGUUGAUGUACCUCCAUGAUUCUAUGUACCUGCAACCCAUCCAUAAUGCUACAUGCAAGAACGGAGUAUCGGUUUAUCUCCACGCAUCGGAGCUCAGCAUGUUAUGCUGUGCCACACUCUACUUACUGGUGUAGUAGUUACAAUUGUUCAAGGGCUUUGUAAUAUACAAUGCAACCUCUUUUCUUCUUUAUAAAAUUCCACUUUUAGUCUUAUGA